AUGCGUAACGAUUACGAUCAAGAUCCAUCAGAGGAACAGAGACGUGUUUGGAGCCAACAACAAAACGACUUGAAGAAGCAGCUGGUGCUUGAGGAUAGACUAAGCUAUGAAACAACUCCCUUGACCGAUUUAAAAUACGUUGGUGGUGUUGACUUAAGUUUCCCACUUGGAGACCAUGAAAACGCCGUAGCUUGUUUGGUUGUAAUGCGAAUGCCUGAUUUACAAAUUGUUUACAAGGAAUUCUUGCAAACAAAAUUACAUUUACCAUAUAUUUCUGGUUAUCUGGCAUUCAGAGAAGUGGAACCCCUGAUGGAGCUCAUUCAGCAACUCAAGGCAAAUCAGCCUGAAUUGUACCCGCAAGUGAUUUUGGUCGAUGGAAAUGGUCUAUUACAUCCACGGCAGUUUGGCAUUGCAAGCCAUCUCGGUGUCUUGAGUGAUACACCCACCAUUGGAGUAGCAAAGAACUUUCUUGUGAUACCCUCUGAAUUUGACGACAUGGCUGCCAUCAAGUCUCAAUACAAGGAAGCAUUGCACAAAAAGGGCGAUGACUUCAAGCUGGUGGGAGCAGCCAGUGGUUCCAUCUACGGCACUGCUCUCAGGACGUCUGAUAAUGCAGUGAAUCCAGUAUUUGUGAGCCAAGGGCAUCUCAUCACUUUGAAAUCUGCAAUCAAAGUAGUAUUAGCGACGUGCCCAAAGCAUCGCAUCCCAGAACCCAUUCGAGCUGCUGAUUUAGAGAGUCGAGCUUAUAUUCGAAACGUUAGUUCAUUGCAAUAA